CGCCCGCCCGCCGCUCCCCUCCCCCACGGCCGCGGCGGCGGCGGCGGCGGCGGCGGCGGCCGGAGCCCGGAUGCGGCGCCGUGAGACAGGCCCGGGCGAGCGGCGCGGAUGGAUCCAACAUGGCGGCGCAGAGCCUGAGCCGAGAUAUAGUGGGGAUUGCGGCUGCUGAGCAGGGAUCCUGGAAAGCAUUGCACACCUGAGCCCCCAGUAUGGCGGGCCUCAAGCGGCGGGCGAGCCAGGUGUGGCCAGAAGAGCACGGUGAGCAGGAGCACGGGCUGUACAGCCUGCACCAUAUGUUCGACAUCGUGGGCACCCACCUGACACACAGAGAUGUGCGCGUUCUCUCCUUCCUCUUUGUUGAUGUCAUUGAUGACCAUGAGCGUGGCCUCAUCCGGAACGGACGUGACUUCUUGUUGGCACUUGAGCGCCAGGGCCGCUGUGACGAGAGUAACUUUCGCCAGGUGCUGCAGCUGCUGCGCAUCAUCACUCGCCAUGACCUGCUGCCCUACGUCACCCUCAAGAGGAGACGGGCUGUGUGCCCUGAUCUCGUAGACAAGUAUCUGGAGGAGACAUCAAUUCGCUAUGUGACUCCCAGAGCCCUCAGUGAUCCAGAACCGAGGCCUCCCCAACCCCCUAAAACAGUGCCUCCCCACUAUCCUGUGGUGUGCUGCCCCACUUCGGGCCCUCAGAUGUGCAACAAGCGGCCAGCUCGAGGGAGAGCCACACUUGGGAGCCAGCGAAAACGCCGGAAGUCAGUAACACCCGACCCCAAGGAAAAGCAGACAUGCGACAUCAGACUGCGAGUUCGGGCUGAAUACUGCCAGCACGAGACUGCUCUGCAGGGCAACGUCUUCUCUAACAAGCAGGACCCACUUGAGCGCCAGUUUGAGCGCUUUAACCAGGCCAACACCAUCCUCAAGUCCCGGGACCUGGGGUCCAUCAUCUGUGACAUCAAGUUCUCUGAGCUCACCUACCUCGACGCAUUCUGGCGCGACUACAUCAAUGGCUCAUUAUUAGAGGCCCUUAAAGGUGUCUUUAUCACAGACUCCCUCAAGCAGGCUGUGGGCCAUGAAGCCAUCAAGCUGCUGGUGAAUGUGGACGAGGAGGACUAUGAGCUGGGCCGACAGAAACUCCUGAGGAACUUGAUGCUGCAAGCAUUGCCCUGACCUUUUCCCCUUUCCACUUCUCUGGGGACUGUUCCCACCACCCACCUCUGGAGCUUACAUACUGUUCUAGGGUUUGUUCUCUACCCUUCCAACCAAUCACACCCCUGCCUUUUUUUUUUUUAAAGGAAAAGAUGAAAAUGGAAGUGGUGUUCCCCACCCCUCCCUGCACCCACGUGCCUGGGCUUCCCCUUUGUUUCCCUUUUCCACUUACCCCCUAACGUAUGUCUCUGUAGCCACCUUGCCGCUGAGCCGUAAGACAAUGUAUAGGGAGAAGCAAAGUCUAUGGAACAUAGUCUUUGUAAGGGACUGAAGUGAACACUGCUUUGGGGUGCAUUGAGGGGUUAUGAGUACUUCUGGCUUUACGAGGGCUCUUAAAUUUUGUCUGAAAAACCAAAGGGCUGUGAGUAAGCUAUGUGGAAGGUGGGACCUGAAGUGUAUUUUGGAAAUGAAUCACCACCCUCUCCCAAAUUAUAGAAUUUUUAAAAAACAAAGAA